AUGAAAUGCUGCCAAGGGGAAAGAGCUAUUUGUCUUCUAUUUUUGCACGCCUCGUUGCGUGUCUCCAUUCUUGUCUUUCCCCACUUUUCAUUCUCUGAACUAUUCAUCUCAUUCUUCUUGACCUUGUUUCACUCUUUUUUGUUUUUUUCUUCUUCUUCUACUAAUUCUUCUUCUUUAUCUUCUUCUUCUUCUUCUUCUUUUUCUUCUUCUUUUUCUUCUUCUUCUUCUUCUUCUUCUUCUUCAUCAUCGUCAUUCUUCGAGUGUCUUUUUCUUCUUCAUAGCUUUUCUUCUUCUUCUUCUACUACUAAUACUACUGCUACUGCUACUACUACUACUACUACCUGUUUUUUUUAUAUUUUUCGCCUUCAUUCAUUGUUUAAUCGUUCUGUGUCCUGUCUUUUCUUUCAGGUUCUUAGCACUGACGUAUCUCAAUUACCUCCAUUUUUUUCUUUUCUUUUUCUUCUUCUUUCUUUCUUUUCUUCUUUCUUUCUUUCUUUCUUUCUUUCUUUCUUUCUUUCUUUCUUUCGUUUCUUUUUGUUCUUUUUAUUCUUAUAUACUCAAAUUAUCAUUCUAUUACAUCUGCCAGGACAUCAAUUGCUUCUUUCUAUCGUUUCAAUUCUUCUUCUUCUUCUUCUUCUUCUUCUUCUUCUUCUUCUUCUUCUUCUUCUUCUUCAAUUUCUUCUCUUUCUAUUUCUUCUUCUUCUUCUUCUUUCUUUUUCUUCUUCUUCUUUCUUUUUCUUUUCUUCUUCAUCUUCUCUUUCUAUUUCUUCCUUUUCUUCUUCUUCUUUUUUCUUCUUCUUCUUCUAUUUCUUUUUCUUUUUCUUCUUCUUCAUCUUCUCUUUCUAUUUCUUCUUCUUUUUCUUCUUCUUCUUUCUUUUUCUUAUUCUUCUUUAUUUUUAUUUUUCUUCUCCUUCAUAUUCUCUUUCUAUUUCUUCUUUUUCUUCUUCUUCUUUUUUCUUCUUCUUCUUCUUCUUCUUCUUCUAUUUCUUCUUCUUCUUUUUCUUCUUCUUUUUUUCUUCUUCUAUUUAUUCUUCUUCAUCUUCUCUUUCUAUUUCUUCUUUUUUUUCUUCUUCUUCUUCCGUUUUUUCUUCUAAUUCUUCUUCUUUUUCUUCUUCUUCAUCUUCUCUUUCUAUUUAUUCUUCUUCUUCUUCUUCUUCCGUUUCUUCUUCUUCUUCUAUUUCUUCUUUUCUUUUUCUUCUUCUUCAUCUUCUCUUUCUAUUUCUUCUUCUUCUUUUUCUUCUACUUCUUCAUUUCCUUCUUCUAGUUCUGCUUUUUUCUCCUAUUUUCUUCUAUUUUCUUCUUCUAUUUUCUUCUAUUUCUUCUUCUUCGUCUACUUCAUCUUCAAAUAUUUCUUCUUUUUCUUUCUUCUUCUCAUUCUUCUUCUUCUUCUUUUUUCUUCUUCUUCUUCUUCUUCUUCACAAUCUUCCCGCUUCUCGCCCAUACCUUUUCAUACGUCGCCAUCUUUCUCUGACUGUCUCUCUUAAAUUCACCCUGGCCACCAAAUCGUUCGCAGCCGCACUUCACCAUUUCUUCCUUGCCAACCAUCGCUACAUUUGUAUCUUUCACCUAAUUUUCUCAGAAUCCUCCCACAGAAACCGAAAACCCGAAACCAAUCACCAACACUCUGCCUCACCCUUAGACGUCCCGCCUUUUUCCCUUCACCCUUCUAAAUUUGAUUGCAACCACACGCCAACCUCCAACCACGGCAGCAGAAGUAGCAAGCUCAUCCCACCUAAGUGCAUGUGGACACAACUCAUUCAGAACAAUGUAUAUCCAUUAAUUUCGAUAGUCUGUGGAACAACGGAAAGGGUUCCUCUGCGUUAA